AUGCGGUUCAAUAAGAAGGGCAAGCUAAGCCCGAGAUAUAUUGGACUCUAUGACAUUCUUGUGAAGAUUGGACCAGUGGCUUAUCGGCUGGCGCUUCCACCAUCCUUGGAUGGCGAGCACGAUGUCUUCCACAUGUCUAUACUGCGAAAGUAUGUGCAUGACCCCAGUCAUGUUCUAUCCCAAGAACCACUAGAGCUGGCAGCAGAUAUGUCUUAUAAAGAACUGCUUGAGAAGAUUUUGGACAACAAAGUGGUGAAUCUCCGCAAUAGGCCUAUUCAUUAUGUAAAGAUAAAGUGGUACAACCACCCAGAGGAAGAAGCCUCUUGA